CGUUUAGAAUAUUCGGAUGUGAUGUAUGAAUUGGAUCGAAAAAUAGUGCAAUUAUCGCUUUGUUCUACUGCUCUUUUCAUUUUGAUAGCUUUUAAAUGCCCAAAGCAAUAUUCCAAAUUUCUUAAUUUUAUAUUCGUUUUUAUAAUAUUUAUUUCAUUAAUUAUUCUUUCGUGGAGAAUCGAAAAAUCUUUUUCUUCAAUUCCAUUUAUUUUAAUCGAAAGAAUUUUCAAUGGAACAUCGCAAAGGAUAUGUUUACUAUUAUUUUGGUCGAUAUGCGUUCUAGCAUCGCUCACAUUCUCACUAAUUGUCAAACUAAGGAGUCGAAGUUCAACAGUUCAUCGGAAAUUCUUUCAUUUAACUGUAUCACUUAUAUGCGUAACGGGGAUAAAAUAUGAUUUUCAAUUGACUUGGCUUUCUGCAUGGAUUGUUCUUAAUAUUUUCAUUAUCACCGAGUUAAUUCGUUCGAAAGAUAUUCGACCUCUUUCAGUGUUCUUGAAUAAUUGGCUUUUAAUAUUCCUUGAUGAACAGGAUUCAGUAUAUCUUAUAUUGACACCAAUAUAUUUAAUUCUUGAUCCACCUGAGCUUUAUCAUUUUGCUGGUGUUUUAACGGUUGGUAUUGGUGAUAGUAUGGCUUCAAUUGUAGGAACAAUCAUGGGAUAUCAUUAUUGGCCGGAUUCUCGUAAAACUAUUGAAGGUAGUAUAGCCUUCAUACUUAGUCAGUUUGUUUUUAGUUUAUUGUUCGGCUUUAUAUUGGUCUCAUCUUCUAUAGAUAUUAUAAAAAUAUUAUUUAUAUCUGUUUUAUGUGGAAUAUUAGAAGGCCUCAUUAAGCGCGGUGAUAAUAUUAUUGUACCAUUUAUUGCUUAUUUAUUAUUUUGA